AUGUAUUGCAGCUCCAAAGUGGCAAAAAAUUUCUUGAAGAUUGAAAAGUUUAAUAAGAACUUCGAUUCUCAGAAGGAAAAUAAUGAAAGCAACUUAAAAGGUAUAGGUAACAAUGGUAGUCAUAGAAGGAUGUCUGCUCUAGAGUUGGCAAUUUUACCAAAAAUCAUGCAUGAUACUAAGCUUCCUGUUUCACAAAGAGAGAAGUCUAAAUCAGAACAGUUAACUAUAUUCUAUGCUGGGAUUGUACAUGUUUAUGACAAUCUUCCUGUUGAAAAGGCACAGUCUAUUAUGGAUCUGGCACGUGAAAGUUCAUUGUUAGAUGGUUCUACUAAUGUAAAAUUUCCCCCGAAAGAAGCUGAACCAACUCAGAAAUCCCAAGUUCCAUCUGCCUGCAAGUUCCAAGCAGAGCUGCCAAUUGCAAGAAGGAAAUCCCUAAAGAGAUUCUUGGAGAAACGCCACAACAGGAUUAUAAGUAAACACCCUUAUGCCUCUCCUGUUAGUACUCAGCAUGAAGAUGAAUGUGAUCAUAAUCAUAGUUGAAAUGAUAGUUUGAAGGAAAAGAAAAGUUAGUAUACUCUUCCUCCAGAAAAGUUGCUCCCUCUAUGUGAA